GCCUUCCGCACCUGUGCAGCAACAGGGAGAAGCUAAGAGAUGGAGGACGUGGUGAUUGCAGGCAUAGCAGGAAAGCUGCCAGAAUCUGAGAACUUGCAAGAGUUUUGGGACAACCUGCUUAAUGGAGUUGAUAUGGUCACAGAGGAUGAUCGAAGGUGGAAACCAGGAAUUUAUGGACUGCCGAAGAGAAAUGGAAAGCUCAAGGACAUAAGCAAAUUUGAUGCAUCCUUUUUUGGGGUUCACCCCAAACAAGCUCAUACAAUGGAUCCUCAACUUCGCUUGCUGUUGGAAGUUUCUUAUGAAGCUAUUUUGGAUGGAGGUAUUAAUCCGGCCACCCUCCGUGGCACAGACACAGGUGUAUGGAUUGGUGCCAGUGGGUCAGAAGCUGCUGAAGCCUUUAGCCGAGAUCCAGAAGAACUUUUGGGAUACAGUAUGACUGGCUGCCAGCGUGCUAUGCUUGCCAACAGGCUUUCCUACUUUUAUAACUUAACAGGACCAAGCAUGACUAUUGACACGGCCUGCUCCUCUAGUCUCAUUGCUCUGGAAAAUGCUUAUAAGGCGAUUCGUCAUGGACAGUGCAGUGCAGCCCUAGUAGGAGGGGUCAACCUUUUGCUGAAACCCAACACUUCUGUGCAGUUCAUGAAACUGGGUUUACUUAGUCCUGAUGGUGCCUGCAAGGUUUUUGAUGCUUCAGGAAAUGGAUAUUGUCGCUCUGAAGCUGUUGUUGUCGUUCUUUUGAUGAAGAGAUCUAUGGCUAAGCGGAUCUAUGCCACAAUAGUCAAUGCUGGAAGUAACACUGAUGGCUUUAAGGAGCAAGGUGUGACAUUCCCAUCUGGAGAGAUGCAGCAGCAACUGGUCAGCUUUUUGUGCAGAGAAUGCGGUAUCAAACCUCAGGAAGUGGAAUAUAUUGAAGCUCAUGGGACAGGCACCAAGGUUGGAGAUCCACAGGAAGUAAAUGGCAUUGUACAAGUCCUCUGUCAAUGUGAGAGAGAGCCACUGUUGAUUGGAUCAUCCAAGUCAAACAUGGGUCAUCCAGAGCCUGCCUCUGGGCUUGCUGCAUUAGCCAAGGUCAUUCUCUCUCUGGAACAUGGGCUGUGGGCUCCAAACCUUCAUUUCAGUACCCCAAACCCAGAUAUUCCUGGCUUACAAGAUGGCUCUUUGGAGGUAGUUUGUAAACCAACGCCGGUGAAAGGUGGCCUUGUCAGUAUCAACUCUUUUGGCUUUGGAGGUGCUAAUGCUCAUGUCAUUCUGAGGCCAAAUAAGAACAAACGCCAGCCUUUGGAGACUUGUAACACACCAAGACUAGUUCAGAUUUGUGGCAGAACCCAGGAAGCUGUGGAAAUACUAAUUGAAGAGAGCAGAAAACAUGGAGGAUGCAGCCCAUUUGUAAGCCUGCUCAAUGAUAUCGCUGCAGUUCCUGUAUCCUCCAUGCCUUACAGGGGCUACACACUAGUUGGCACUGAGAGUGACAUAAAGGAGGUUCAGCAAGUUCAAGCAUCUGGUAGACCGCUUUGGUACAUCUGCUCAGGUAUGGGAACACAGUGGAAAGGUAUGGGCCUGAGCCUUAUGAAGUUGGAUUUGUUUCGCCAAUCUAUAUUGCGCUCGGACGAGGCUUUGAAGAACACAGGCCUCAAGGUCUCAGACCUGCUUGUGCAAGCAGAUGAGAACACUUUUGAUGACACUGUCCAUGCAUUUGUUGGACUAGCUGCUAUUCAGAUUGCCCAGAUUGAUGUGCUGAAGGCUGCAGGUCUGCAACCUGAUGGGAUCUUGGGCCACUCAGUGGGAGAACUAGCUUGUGGCUAUGCAGAUAACUCCUUAAGUCAUGAAGAAGCCAUUCUCGCUGCUUAUUGGCGGGGACGAUGUGUUAAAGAGGCCAAAUUGGCCCCAGGAGGAAUGGCUGCUGUUGGUCUGACAUGGGAGGAGUGUAAGCAACGCUGUCCUCCAAACGUGGUACCAGCCUGUCACAACUCUGAAGAUACUGUCACUGUUUCGGGGCCUCUGGACUCUGUGAAUGAGUUUGUAGCCAAACUGAAAAAGGAUGGUGUGUUCGCAAAGGAGGUGCGCAGUGCUGGAGUCGCAUUUCAUUCCUACUACAUGGCAUCUAUUGCACCAGUGCUGCUCAGUGCCCUGAAAAAGGUCAUUCCACACCCUAAACCUCGUUCAGCACGGUGGAUCAGUACAUCUAUCCCUGAAUCUCAGUGGCAAAGUGAUCUGGCUAGGAAUUCUUCUGCAGAGUAUCAUGUGAACAACCUAGUGAAUCCAGUGCUGUUCCACGAAGGUCUGAAGCAUAUUCCAGAGAAUGCUGUUGUAGUAGAGAUUGCUCCGCAUGCUCUUUUACAGGCUAUCUUGAGGAGAGCUUUGAAACCAACUUGCACCGUUCUACCUUUGAUGAAGAAAGAGCACAAAAAUAAUUUGGAGUUCUUCCUAACACAGACUGGAAAGAUUCAUUUAACUGGGAUAAAUGUUCUUGGAAAUAACUUGUUCCCACGUGUGGAAUAUCCUGUCCCAGUUGGAACACCCCUUAUUUCCCCACACAUCAAAUGGGACCACAGCCAGGAUUGGGACGUUCCAAAAGCUGCAGACUUUCCAGCAGGUUCCAAAGGCUCUGCAUCUGCUUCAGUCUACAAUAUUGACGUGAGUCCUGACUCUCCUGACCACUACUUGGUUGAUCACUGCAUUGAUGGCAGAGUCCUGUAUCCAGCAACUGGGUACCUAGUACUGGCUUGGAGAACACUGGCACGGUCUCUUGACAUAGCUAUGGAGCAAAUGGCUGUUAUGUUUGAAGAAGUCACAAUUCAUCAGGCAACUAUCCUUCCCAAAAAGGGAUCAGUACAGUUGGAAGUAAGACUCAUGCCUGCUUCCCACUGCUUUGAGGUGUCAGGGAAUGGGAAUCUGGCUGUGAGUGGGAAGAUUUCCCUCCUAGAAAACACUGCUCUGAAGAACUUCCAUAACCAGCCAGUUGACUUUCAGACUCAAGUAGACAUGAGCUCAAAGUCUGGCCUGUUGAAAGAAGACAUUUACCAAGAGCUACAUCUGCGUGGAUAUAAUUACGGACCAGCUUUCCAGGGUGUUCUGGAAUGCAACAGUGAAGCAAGCACAGGGAAAGUUCUGUGGAAUGGGAACUGGGUGACCUUCCUUGACGCCCUGCUGCACAUGAUAAUCUUACCUGAGACUGGGCGCAGUCUGCGCUUACCCACCAGGAUUCGCUCAGUGUGUAUUGACCCAGUGCUGCAUCAAGAGCAGGUGUGCCAAUACCAGGACAAUGUACAAGCUUUUGAUACUGUUGUGGACCGCUGUCUUGAUAGCCUUAAAGCAGGAGGCGUUCAGAUCAGUGGUCUUCAUGCUUCUGUGGCACCACGACGACAGCAGGAACGGAUCCCUCCCACCCUGGAAAAAUUCUGCUUUGUGCCCUAUACUGAGAGUAACUGUUUGUCUUCCAGUGUCCAUCUUCAUGCCUAUCUGGAGCACUGCAAAGAUCUGAUCCAGAACUUAAAGGCUAAGGUGGCGGUGCAUGGGGUCAAAUUAGUCAUCCCUGGACUAGAAACUGCAGUGGCUGCUGCAGAGUCCUCACCCAUACAGAAGGGCCUUCAGCAUAUCCUUGCUGAAAUCUGCCGUCUGGAACUGAAUGGAAACCUGCAUUCUGAGCUGGAACAGAUAGUGACUCAAGAGAAAAUGCACCUCCAGAUUGACCCUCUUCUCAAUGGAUUACUAGAUUCUUCAGAGUUGAAGACUUGCCUGGGUGUGGCAUUGGAGAACAUAGUCAGUCACAGGAUAAAGAUAGUAGAGGCUCUUGCAGGAAAUGGACAUAUGUUCUCUCGUGUCAAAAGUAUUCUGAAUACUCAGCCCCUGUUGCAGGUGGACUACAUUGCCACUGAUCGCAUCCUGGAAACUCUUUCAGCUAAUGAAACAGAGCUACAAGAUGCUGGAGUUUCAUUUAGCCAGUGGGAUCCAUCUAGCCUUCCCUCUGGAAAUCUGACCAAUGCCGACCUAGUGGUAUACAACUGUUCAACAAAUGUUCUAGGGAACACCAGUGAAAUUCUCUCUAAUUUGGCGGCUGCAGUGAAAGAAGGAGGGUUUGUUUUGCUACACACCCUUCUUAAAGGAGAAACUCUUGGAGAAAUCAUCAGUUUCCUCACAAGUCCAGAUCUACAGCAGAAACACAGCUUCCUGAGUGAGGCACAGUGGGAGGGCUUGUUCAGCAAAGCCUCACUGAAUCUGGUUGCCUUGAAGAAGUCAUUCUUUGGCUCUGUUAUUUUCCUGUGUCGCCGGCAAGCCCCUGCCAAAACACCCAUUUUUCUGCCGAUAGAUGAGACCCAUUAUAAGUGGGUUGAAUCCUUAAAGGAGAUCUUGGCUGGCCCAUCGGAGCAGACUGUAUGGUUGACUGCCACCAGUUGUGGGAACUCGGGAAUUUUGGGAAUGGUGAACUGCCUCCGCCUUGAAGCAGAAGGCCACAGAAUCAGGUGUGUGUUUGUUUCCAACUUGAACCCUUCGUCAGCUGUCCCACCCACAAGUCUUUCGUCCCUGGAGAUGCAGAAUAUUGUUCAGAGGGACCUGGUGAUGAAUGUGUAUCGUGAUGGAAAGUGGGGCUCCUUCAGGCAUCUCCCGUUGCAGCAAGCACAACCUCAGGAGUUGACAGAAUAUGCCUAUGUAAAUGUGUUGACUCGUGGAGACCUCUCGUCUCUUCGUUGGAUUGUCUCCCCACUUCGACACUUCCAUGCAACUAAUCCCAAUGUUCAACUCUGCAAAGUCUAUUAUGCAUCUCUUAACUUCCGAGACAUUAUGCUGGCCACAGGAAAGCUUUCUCCAGAUGCUAUCCCUGGUAACUGGGCUUCGCAGCAGUGCAUGCUGGGCAUGGAGUUCGCAGGACGGGACCUGGCUGGAAGAAGGGUGAUGGGAUUGCUGCCAGCAAAAGGGCUGGCUACAGUGGUAGACUGUGACAAGAAGUUUCUGUGGGAGGUGCCUAAAAACUGGACUCUGGAAGAAGCAGCUUCAGUGCCUGUGGUUUAUGCCACUGCUUUUUAUGCUUUGGUGGUUCGAGGUGGUAUAAAGAAGGGUGAGAGUAUCCUUAUUCACUCUGGCUCAGGAGGUGUGGGCCAAGCAGCCAUUGCUAUUGCCCUGAGCAUGGGCUGCCGUGUCUUUGCUACUGUAGGCUCCACUGAGAAACGCGAGUACCUCCAAGCAAGAUUCCCACAGCUGGAUGCUAAUAGCUUUGCCAGCUCCCGAAAUACUAGCUUUGAGCAACAUAUACUGCGAGUUACCAAUGGAAAAGGUGUCAACCUCGUUUUAAAUUCCUUGGCAGAAGAGAAGCUCCAAGCCAGUUUGCGUUGUCUUGCUCAACAUGGGCGCUUUUUGGAAAUAGGCAAAUUCGAUCUGUCUAACAACAGUCAGCUUGGAAUGUCUCUCUUCCUCAAGAAUGUGGCAUUUCAUGGGAUCCUACUAGAUGCAAUCUUUGAGGAGGGAAACCAAGAGUGGGAAGUAGUAUCAGAGUUGUUGAAGAAGGGUAUAAAAGAUGGUGUGGUAAAGCCCCUGAGGAGUACAGUCUUCAAUAAAGAAGAGGUAGAAGCUGCCUUCAGGUUCAUGGCACAAGGAAAACAUAUUGGCAAAGUUAUGAUCAAGGUCCAAGAAGAAGAAAAGGAAUAUCCUUCAAGAAGGUCUGAACCAGUUAAAAUCUCUGCCAUCUCCCGAACCUCCUGUCCACCAACCAAGUCUUACAUCCUCGCAGGGGGCCUAGGAGGAUUUGGGCUUGAGUUGGCACAGUGGCUAGUUGAGAGAGGAGCACAGAAGCUUAUACUCACAUCUCGUUCUGGCAUACGAACUGGCUACCAGGCUAAACGUGUUAGAGAGUGGAAGGCAAUGGGAAUCCAAGUGUUGGUAUCUACUAGGGAUAUUGGAACACUAGAAGGAACACAGCUAUUGAUAGAAGAAGCUUUGCAACUUGGCCCAGUUGGAGGCAUCUUUAAUUUGGCUGUGGUCCUUAGAGAUGGCAUGAUUGAAAAUCAGACACCAGAAUUAUUCUGUGAGGUCAACAAGCCCAAGUAUUCAGGCACCCUUCAUUUGGAUUGGGUGGCUCGCAAGAGGUGUCCCGACCUGGACUAUUUUGUUGUGUUCUCCUCUGUAAGCUGUGGAAGAGGAAAUGCUGGGCAAACUAAUUAUGGCUUUGCCAAUUCUACCAUGGAGCGUAUCUGUGAGCAGCGACAUCAUGAUGGACUCCCAGGCCUGGCAAUCCAAUGGGGAGCCAUUGGUGAUGUGGGUAUCCUUCUGAAGAUAAUGGGAAGCAAAGACGUUGUGGUUGGAGGAACCGUUCCCCAGCAAAUCAGCUCAUGCCUGGAGGUGCUUGAUCUCUUCCUGAAUCAACCUCAUCCUGUCAUGUCCAGUUUUGUCCUAGCAGAGAAGGUCUCCGUGAAAACUGAAGGAGGCAGUCAACGGGAUCUUGCAGAAGCUGUUGCUCACAUCCUGGGUGUCCGUGACGUGAGUAGUCUGAAUGCUGAAAGUUCCUUGGCAGACUUGGGCUUGGAUUCCUUGAUGGGUGUGGAGGUGCGCCAGACACUGGAGAGAGACUAUGACAUCGUUAUGACCAUGAGAGAAAUUCGACUCCUUACAAUCAACAAACUGCGUGAACUUUCUUCCAAGUCCAGGACAGCAGAGGAGCUGAAGCCACCUCAGCUGAUGAAGACAGGCCCAAGUGAACCUCCAAAACUAGAUUUGAACAACUUGUUGGUGAACCCAGAAGGGCCAACGAUCACCCGCCUCAAUGAUGUUCAGAGCACAGAGCGCCCUCUUUUCCUUGUUCACCCCAUUGAAGGCUCCAUUGCAGUUUUCCACACUCUCGCCUCCAGACUUCAUAUGCCCUGCUAUGGGCUCCAGUGCACAAAAGCUGCUCCCUUGGAUAGCAUACAGAGCCUGGCAGCCUAUUACAUUGACUGUAUGAAGCAGAUACAGCCUGAAGGACCUUACCGCAUUGCUGGAUAUUCUUUCGGUGCCUGUGUAGCCUUUGAAAUGUGCUCCCAGCUGCAAGCACAACAAAAUGCUUCCCAUGCACUCAACAGUCUAUUCCUCUUUGAUGGGUCUCAUUCUUUUGUGGCAGCAUACACUCAGAGCUACAGAGCUAAGCUGACCCAAGGAAAUGAGGCUGCAUUGGAGACUGAAGCAUUGUGUGCCUUUGUUCAGCAAUUUACAGGCAUUGAAUACAAUAAGCUGCUGGAGGUUCUUCUGCCCCUGAAAGAUCUGGAGGCUCGUGUGAAAGCUGCUGCAGACAUGAUAACUCAGAUUCAUACAAAUAUCAAUCAUGAAGCACUCAGCUUUGCUGCUGCUUCCUUUUACCGUAAACUGAAGGCUGCUGACAAAUACAUACCAGAGUCCAAGUAUCAUGGGAACGUGACACUGAUGCGGGCAAAGUCUCACAAUGAAUAUGAAGAAGGUCUGGGUGGAGACUACAGACUCUCAGAGGUAUGCGAUGGGAAAGUAUCUGUCCACAUUAUUGAAGGGGAUCACCGCACCUUAUUGGAGGGAGAUGGUGUUGAAUCAAUUAUUGGGAUCAUCCACAGCUCACUGGCAGAGCCACGUGUCAGUGUCAGAGAAGGUUAACUUCUGCUUACUUACUGUCAAUGGUGAAGAAAAUGCCAACAACAUUCCUUGUUAUGACAGACCCCAAGGAACUCUUCCUGUUGUUCAACAUCUCAUCUGCUCUGCUGCCAGAACUGGGAAGUCCAGCUGAACUUGAUUAGUCUUUUUCUCUCUCUUGCUUAUCUUUUCCUUUCCCAACUUUUAUGGGUUGUCUCUCUUCCUUCCUUUACUAGGCUUUGUUUUCCCCUGGUAUCCCUGUCCAUGUUACUCUAGUGCUGUGACUCUGUCACUGUGCACUACUAUGAGGGUUCCUCACCGACGGUUGCUUCCUACACCCUUGGCAGUAUGAAAAACAAAUUUAGUAGAUUUCUUGUGCUCUAUAUUGUUUUGUCUUAACGGUAUUCCAAAGGGUAUGUGAUAGCACUUGUUGACCAAGCCAAGUGAGCAGGGAGGGGAGCUGCAGCUGAUUUCGGAGAUAACUUUUGUCUGUGAAGAAUCUGUCUGUAGUUAGGUCAGAAAGAGGAUUCCAUUGAGGCUUUUGUAACUAUAUUUUUUUAAUUUGAUAUAUUCUAAGUAUUUAUUGUGUCAAACCAGAGACGACUUACUUGGUUUUAAUUUAUCGUGGGUUAUAGGAGAAAAGAAACAUCCCUUUCUGGAGGGAAAGGUUUAUUCUACAAGGGGAGGUUGCCCAUUUGUUAAACCAAAGUGCAUCUUUGGACCAGUCUGGUUUCAUUUGUUUUGUUUUGUUUUUUCUUUUCCUCUUUCUCCCACUGCCUUGCCCUGUUCAGAAAGGAAAAGGUAGAAAGGAGGGUUCUUGCCAGCAUCCACUCUUUUGAGGAGAGAGAGAUAUGGGGGGGAAAGGGUGGAUGGUUUGACAGAUGCUGCUGUGUAUUGAACAGCCUUAACUUGGGCAUGAUAAAAACAGGCAAAGCUGUCCCUCAGCAGGCACUUUGUUUAUACUUGUGCAAGGUUCUGUGCUCUGCUGUAUCAGAACCUUAGUAAAGCAUUAAGACUAUUGCUUUACCUUAUUCCCUCCCACCUCCAGUCUCACUACCCAACCAGACAUUUGGAACAGGGUGGGAAAUAGAAUUCUUCAACAAUAACUGAAUAAAUCCUCCUACCCCUGCUGUCCCAUAACCAAAGCUCAGGCCAACAUAACAAGCAUCUACCCAAAGCCCUGUAUAUUUUAUUUAGCACAGGACUUGCUUAAGCCUCGUGUAUUCAUUUUCCUCUCAGUAAUGAGACUGGAGAUCCCACAUAAGUUAGCUAAGUAAUCAGUUUGAUGGUAUGAUUUUAAGAUAAUACUACCUUUUUAAAGGAAACUUGCAUAAAAUUCAGUUAAAUUUCUUGCCUUUGCUAUGCUGGAUCUGUCCUUUCUGAAAUCAGUAAAUCUUUGCUACACUUAUGAUACAGAGGAGACCUGGGUAGCAACAAAGCACCGACCAGGAGGAGCUAUUGUGCCUCUCGGAACUGCUGUAAAACCCCAGUUCUCUCCAUCUUCAUCCCCCAGUGAAGUAUCCUGUUAGUACAGGAGCAUUCCAGUGACAGGAAUGGGUGUCUCUUCACUGCAGGUUCUGAUCUAGUGUCUUUUGCUUAUACCACCCUCUGUUGAUAGUGGCUGGGUUUACUGGUUUUAGUUUUAUAACAUAUUUCUUUUGUGAAAUCUGAAAUAAAACCAACAUGUCAGCUUAAAGCAUUUCCAAAAUAAGUCUUGUUCUAUUUUUUCUUUUUUUUUCCUUUUUUUAAUACUUUUUCAUCUGAAGAGUAUCUUUUUCUCUUUGGCUUUCCUAGUAUUAAACAGAAUUGAUCACUUGUUGGCUUUUUGUCUUAUUCUCUACCACCAUUUCUUAAUCCUGUGUUUCCUCUGGAAUCUCUAAUUUCUUGGUAUAAAGCAAAAACAGCUGCUGGCACAUCUGAUGUGGAGUCUGUAGAAAUAAUAACAAUAAUAAAGAACACUUAUUAUUCUGGAGCAUGGCUUCUUGUUGCCAUGAUUUUGGUACAUUAGAUACAACCAAACCACACACCCACCAGAUUGAAGUGGAAACUCUCAAAUUCUAAUUCUGGCUCCAUUGUUGCUGUUUUGGACAAGCCAUUAAUGCUACUGCCUCAGUUUCCCCAUCUGUAAAAUGGGACUAAUAGCAUCUACCUCAAGGUCGUUGAGAGUGUUAGAUAGGCAAUGGGUAUAAAUGCUAUUAAGUUGUUAGGUGGUAACUGAAGGAGGGAAGCAGGCAAUGUGUGAGGGUGAGGUGCCUUACAGCUGCAAAGAAGAGUGGCUAUGUUAACUGGGCAUACGUGUAUACUAUGGGACUCAUUAUACCUACUGCAUACUAUCCAUGCACAUCCUAAGCAUAGGAUACUACAUAAAACAAAACAAACGCGGACUGGUUGGUUGGUCUGUUUUAAAUUUAACUAAUGGCAGUUGUAGUGAGCCUGAAAAAAAGAGUUGAAAGAAUCCUACUUGCCUUGGUUUGUAUUGAAAACCUAGAAGGAAAAAGAAGAGUGAUUAAACUUCAGCACAGAAGUGUUGUACCUGCUUGCUUAAAGUGUUUAACAAGUUUGAAUGAGCUAUGUGGAUGGAGCAAGGACUAAUGCUGUUCCAGCUGUCAAAGCAGGAGUUGGACAAGUUCUCUGUAUAAACAUAAACGUGCAUGGUCUCAUCUAAGCAAAGCUUGGAGAUACUGGUUUAGUAAUAGAAGUUCCUCAAGAAUUACUUAUAGCCUAUAUGCUCUCAAUGUUCUUGUGGUUGUUAUUUGAAAAGCAGAAGGCUGUUUUGUUUCUGUUUUUGUUUUUUCCCCAAAUUGUCUAAUUAUGAGCUGCUGCCCUGUAACUCAUUAUGUAACUGGCUGCUGAAUACAGUGUGCCAAAAAUAAAAACCUUAUUAGCACUG